UCUAGAAACUUCCAUUGGAUAGACUUGUUUCUAUAAUGAGUUUACCCCACUGCACAGAGGACAGUCUCAGCCCAGAGCCUCUUGGGAUGAAACUCUUGCCAACCUAACUACAAACAGAGAGGCUCUCUGAAAGAAGAGGAUAUGUAUUUGGGAGUAGAGUAUUAGAAUGGGAAUCUGUGUGCCAUUAUAAGCUAUGUGCAAAUUCAGGGAGGGAAAGGAAGACAAAGAUGUUCCAAGAAAAUAUGAGGAGGACUUCACAUGGGUUUUGAAAUAGUUCUCCUUCACUACAAAGAUCAGUAACAAGGGUGAUGCCACACCAAGUUUGGACAGGCAGUUGCUUGGCAGGUGUCCUUGCAGAAAUAUUUUUGUGUAAAGUUGGGAUGGGCUUUUUGCAAGCUUGUGGUUUUGCAAAGUCUUUUGUGAUAGUUUUGUUAUCAGGCACACAAGCAUGAGAAUCCACUCUUUAUAGCCUUCUGUGAUUUGUCAGGGUUUUUAAUCACACACAUAGGCACACAGACACACUGACACACACAUACACGUGCCACAAUUUUGGUUCUCACAACGUUCACACUCACUAUUGUAAAACUCUUUGAGGCUUGUCCUACCAAGGAUCCCGUAUGUCAUCAGGUGUUGAGGUCUUUGGUCUAAACUAGGCUGGGAGCAUUGUGGUUACCACUUGUCUCCAGGCUUUGGUGGCCCAGGGACUCCCAGCAUCAUGUUCUGUCCAGUGUCUCCCUAUUCCCCCCUUCUUUUUUUCUUCCCUUGGUGCCUUUUAUCUCAUGCAUUGUCUCAGAUGCUUCUAAUAUGUGCUCAUAAAUGCAGGGCAUCGUCUUCUUCCCACAUCGAUUCACUUUCAGUUAAAAGCCAAAACUCUUUCAUUUAAACUUGGGAUUUAACAUGCUUUUGAAAGAAGGGUUGAGAGAUAUAGAGAAACAGAUUGGGAAACCAUUUAUGCUCUGCUGUUUCUUUUUUUUAACUUUCUGUGUAAGUGUAGAAUUUUUCAUUCUGUUUUAUUAUUAACUUUAAGCCAAGACUUUUUAAUAGAAGGAUAUACAAAUAUAUCUUUGUCUAUACCUUUCUGCUGAAUUUGAAGAAAUGGUGAAUAUUCUUAAACCACUGUGUUCCCUGGUGGGCUGAUGGACUGUGAUUGUAUAAGGUGGCCUCAGCCAACUGCAGCAGCUGUUCCCUGUCAGAGGGGCAAGCAGUUUGGCAAGAGUGGUGGAAGAGGUGUAAUCGUGUGUUCGUUCACAAGAUGCAACAGGGAGAAGGUUUUGCCCUCUUUGUACUUCAUCUUGUCUCAUCAAGUCCUCAGAAACCACAGUGCUGCCUGAAGGGUGCUGUGGAGCUGGCACAGCCCAUACACACAACACGACUGAGCAGAAAGAACAUACAGCUCUGGAUAUCCAUGGGCCCCAGAGAAUCUGCCCUUGAAACAUUUAGUCCUUUUUUUAUGACUGUCGACAGCCUGUGCUGGCUAUCACAGAUCCCAACAUGAUCAAAACAGUGCUAGUGAAAGAAUGUUAUUCUGUCUUCACAAACCGGAGGCCUUUAGGUCCAGUGGGAUUUAUGAAAAGUGCCAUCACUGUAGCUAAGGAUGAAGAAUGGAAGAGAAUACGAUCAUUGCUCUCUCCAACUUUCACCAGUGGAAAACUCAAAGAGAUGGUCCCUAUCAUUGCCCAGUAUGGAGACGUGCUGGUGAGAAAUCUGAGGCGGGAAGCAGAGACAGGCAAGCCUGUCACCUUGAAGGACGUCUUUGGGGCCUACAGCAUGGAUGUGAUCACUAGCACAUCAUUUGGAGUGAACGUCGACUCUCUCAACAAUCCACAAGACCCCUUUGUGGAAAACACCAAGAAGCUUUUAAGAUUCAAUUCAUUAGAUCCUUUCUUUCUCUCAAUAAAAAUCUUUCCAUUCCUUACCCCAAUUUUUGAAGCAUUAAAUAUCACUGUGUUUCCAAGAAAAGUUACAAGUUUUCUAAGAAAAUCUGUAAAGAGGAUAAAAGAAGGUCGCCUCAAAGAGACACAAAAGCGCCGAGUGGAUUUCCUUCAGCUGAUGAUUGACUCUCAGAAUUCGAAAGACACUGAGUCCCACAAAGCUCUGUCUGAUCUGGAGCUCAUGGCCCAAUCAAUUAUGUUUAUUUUUGCUGGCUAUGAAACCACGAGCAGUGUUCUCUCCUUCAUUAUAUAUGAGCUGGCCACUCACCCUGAUGUCCAGCAGAAACUGCAGAAGGAAAUUGAUACAGUUUUACCCAAUAAGGCACCACCCACCUAUGACACUGUGCUACAGAUGGAGUAUCUCGACAUGGUGGUGAAUGAAACGCUCAGAUUAUUCCCAGUUGCUAUGAGACUUGAGAGGGUCUGCAAAAAAGAUGUUGAAAUCAAUGGGAUGUUCAUUCCCAAAGGGGUGGUGGUGAUGAUUCCAAGCUAUGUUCUUCAUCAUGACCCAAAGUACUGGACAGAGCCUGAGAAGUUCCUCCCUGAAAGGUUCAGUAAGAAGAACAAGGACAACAUAGAUCCUUACAUAUACACGCCCUUUGGAAAUGGACCGAGAAACUGCAUUGGCAUGAGGUUUGCUCUCAUGAACAUGAAACUUGCUCUAAUCAGAGUCCUUCAGAACUUCUCCUUCAAACCCUGUAAAGAAACACAGAUCCCCCUGAAAUUGAGCUUUGGAGGACUUCUUAAAACAGAAAAACCCAUUGUUCUAACGGCUGAGUCAAGGGAUGGGACCGUAAGUGGAGCCUGAUUUCCCUAAGGACUUCUGCUUUGCUCUUCAAGAAAGCUGUGCCCCAGAACCCCAGAGACCUCAAAUUACUUUGUGAAUAGAACCCUGAAAUGAAGAUGGGCUUCAUCCAAUGUACUGCAUAAAUAACCAGGGAUUCUCUAUAUGUAUUGUGCUCUCUCAUGGUCUGUAUAGAGUGUUAUACUUGGUAAUAUAAAGGAGAUGACCAAAUCAAUGCUGGGGAAGUAGAUUUAGCUUCUCUGCUUCUCAUAGGACUAUCUCCACCACCCCCAGUUAGCACCAUUAACUCCUCCUGAGCUCUGAUAACAGAAUAAACAUUUCUCAAUAAUUUCAUCCACAAUCAUUAAUGAAAAUAAGAAUUAUUUUGAUGGCUCUAACAGUGGCAUUUAUAUCACAUGUUAUAUCUGGAGUAUUCUAUAGUAAGUUUUAUAUUAAGCUAAUCAAUAAAAACCUCUUUACAAGA